UUACAAUUUCAUAAAUUCUCGUCUAAUAAAACACAUAACCUCAAUAAAUUGGUAAUGCAGGCAAAUUCAGACAUAAAAUUGUUGUACAGUAACGGUGUCCGUCAACAAAUUGGCGGAGAGAAGGAAAAGAGGCUUAGCAAUGAUUUGCAAGAUUGGAUUGAAAUUAAUGAAGCGUUGAAAUGUGAAGUACGAAAAUUUGUUGAAAUUACAAAAUAUUUUUCUAGUCCAUUAAAAAAAUCGGCUUCUUAUAUCUGUGAGAAUAGUCUGGUGUCUUACCCUCAACAAGUAACAUUGGAAUCUAAAAGGGGAGUGGCCACAACAAACGAUGUAAAAUUUUGUAAUUUGACAUUAGAACCUGUAUUAAUAAAAUAUUACAAAAUCUAUCCAGAAAUAGAAAACCUCAAGUUCCAGAACUUAUCGAAAUCAAGAUGCUGUAGAAUUCCACCUGGACUCUCUCAUACUCUGUACAUUGUUUACAACAGCGUCAACGAGGAAACACCAAUUAAUACAAAAAUAAUAUUUGUAGCUACGAAAAAAACAACCACACCUUGCUAUCAAAUUUGUGAAAUCGAUUUAGAAAUAAUAGCUCAAAAAGUUAAACGAUAAAAAUUGAAAUAAAUCUACGGAAAAUGAAAAAUUGUAUGACAAAAAAAAGAGAAUAUUGAAAAUAAAUUUUAAAAUGUAAUAAUCUGUACCCAAAAAAGAACCACAAUGUUUAAUCCCACGUACAAGGAAAAGAACUUUUUCUACAACUUAGCGCAAUUCAUGAAAAUUAUGAUUAAAUUUGUCUUUUACGUUGAAAGAUGCUGCUGCCAAUAGUUAUCUUAAACCUUCUUUCUACAGCUUAUUUUUUACAAAAGCAAUGUAAAAGUUAUCUGAAGAAUAGUAACGAAUAAAAAAUUAAAUUGAAAAAA